CUCAGCAGCAGCAACGGCACCAGAAGGUCUACGUGAGGAUGCAGAGCAGAAAGCCUUACGGAGAAUGGAUGUGAUGGUUGUGAGCAUUUAGUUUGAGACGAGGCCAUCAGGGUGAAUCUCAUAGUGAAAGGGACGUGUCCAGGCUGUCUGGCUGUGCCUUGCCAUCGCUUGGCUGGGCUGUUGGUGUCUGCAGUGUUCCAGUCUGUUCCUGUCCUCAUCUACAGUACUGUCUCUGACUGGGAUAUAGCAGACAGGACAGGCUAGCUCGCUGGCUGGCUAACUAAUACCUAGCCUUCUACUGGGAUUGGGCCUGAAUACCCAUGCCAUUGCUGUGGAUUAUGUUUUUAUGUUCCUUACUUUUUCUCAUAAUAUAGGGCUGUAAAUGCCUUGUUGAAAUGGAGCAUUUCUAUUGGUUGAGAGGAACUAUGAAUCUGUUACCAGGUUUGUCCAGGUUUUCCAGCAUGUUUGGGAAGAAGAAAAAGAGGCUGGAGAUUUCAGCUCCAUCUAACUUCGAGCACCGGGUCCACACGGGUUUCGAUGCGCGGGAGCAGAAGUUCACGGGCCUGCCCCAGCAAUGGCAGAGUCUCCUGGCAGACACAGCCAACAGGCCGAAGCCCAUGGUAGACCCCUCCUAUAUCACGCCCAUACAGCUGGCUCCUAUGAAGACCAUAGUUCGAGGGAACCGUCCCCCGAAGGAUGCGUCCAUCAAUGGUCUCCUGGAGGACUUCGACAGCAUCUCUGUGACACGUUCCAACUCCCUACGAAAAGAAAGCCCUACGGGCCCCCACCAGGCUGGGGCCCCCAAAGCCGCGUCCCACCACCCCCAACACCCCCACCCCAACGAGGAGAACGGCUUCAGCCACUAUUACUCCCGGUACUCCUGUGACCUGGACACUGCCAGUAGGGACUUCUCUCUGGAGCCCUACAGGAAGGAGGGUAAAGGCUUCGCUCCAGAUGGGGACUGGGCCGUGGGGAGACACUACCGCUUCCCCAAACAGAACGGCCACCUCACCCACGCCACACGCGUCCCCUUCUACCCCGACGCCAUGCCUCAGAAGGCCGAUUACGCCAAGCUGCCUCCGGACUACCACACCUACCUGGAGAGCAAGGUGGCGGGGGCGCGCUCGGCCGACGAGGUGGGAUCUGGGUCCGGGGUGGGCAGCGCAGGGGGGUCUGCCGGGUCCACGACAGGGGGGUACUACCGGGCGUCCGUAGGUGGCUCGUCCAGUCAGGACUACCGGGACGCGUCAAUGGUGGGGACGCCGUCCCGCACCUCGCUGCACAGCGAGCAAAUCAACUACCCGGACAGCGAGUGGAGCUACAGCGGCGUGUCCAGAGAUGAGUACGAGAAGAGGCCCAAGUCGUCGUAUGUGAGGCAGAACAGCCCCACGCCAGCCAUCAGACAGCGCUCCAGGUCGGGGUCCGGCCUCCAGGAGCCCAACGUGCCCUACAGGGCCAGCGGGGUCUUUAAGAGUCCCCCUCAGACACACCCAUACAGCUCCUACACCUACCCACGCCUCUCAGAGACACUCACCAACUCACAGGCCAUGGCCAAGGGUGAUUACGACCGGCAGUCACGAGAUGGGAGUCCCCAGGUCCCAGGGUCUGACACGUACCCCCGCGGGCCCCUCAAACUACCUCAGAGUCACAACAAGCCCCCUGGCUACCCCCCCGGACACCUCCAGUACCCCCCUGUGUUCCACCACUACAAACCCUCCCCCUACCACCACCCACCCUCACAGCCCAGCCCACCAUACACCCCACAGGGGGCAUAUUCCCAGCCAUCGUCCCUCUACAUUCCCCUGGGGGCCUACCCCCCUCCUUCCUGGGGCUCCAGUUCAGACACCCAGCCCUCCAGGGUCUCCCACGAACAGUUCAGGGCCGCCCUGCAGCUCGUUGUCAACCCAGGUGACCCCAGGGAGUACUUGGACAGUUUCAUUAAAAUUGGCGAGGGCUCGACGGGCAUCGUGUGCAUUGCCAGCGAGAAGCACAGUGGCAAGCAGGUGGCCGUCAAGAAGAUGGACUUGAGGAAACAGCAGAGGAGAGAACUGCUCUUCAACGAGGUGGUGAUCAUGAGGGACUAUCACCAUGAGAACGUGGUUGACAUGUACAACAGCUACCUGGUCGGAGACGAGCUCUGGGUCGUUAUGGAGUUCCUGGAGGGCGGGGCCCUGACGGACAUUGUCACUCACACGAGGAUGAAUGAGGAGCAGAUAGCCACAGUGUGUGUGUUGGUGUUGAGGGCUCUAUCGUACCUCCACAUACAGGGAGUCAUCCACAGAGACAUCAAGAGUGAUUCUAUUCUCCUGACCAGCGAUGGACGGAUCAAGCUGUCGGACUUUGGCUUCUGCGCCCAAGUGUCCAAAGAGGUGCCCAAGAGGAAGUCUCUGGUGGGCACGCCCUACUGGAUGGCACCAGAGGUCAUCUCACGGUUACCCUACGGCACGGAGGUGGAUAUCUGGUCGCUGGGCAUCAUGGUGAUAGAGAUGAUCGAUGGGGAACCCCCGUACUUUAACGAACCCCCUCUACAGGCCAUGAGGAGGAUACGAGACAACCUGCCCCCACGGCUAAAGGAAUCACACAAGGUAUCGUCGGUGCUGAGGGCUUUCCUGGGCCUGAUGUUGGUUAGAGAGCCGUCUCAGCGAGCCACAGCCCAGGAGCUGCUCCAGCACCCCUUCCUCAAGCUGUCGGGUCCCCCAUCCUGCAUCGUCCCCCUAAUGAGGCACUACCGCCACCGCUGACCUGACCUCCCGCCACCAGGGCGGCGCUCCACACCUUGCCAAACAAACACACACCUGACCUGAGAGACUACGCCACUAAAACAAAUGCUCACACCUGUAACCGUGCAGUAGUUUAGCUUGAGGAAUUGUUUACAAAGAAAAGAUUAAAGAAAAAUGUGAUAUCCACUAUUUUGAGAAACACUAUAUAAAGUUCAACACUGAAGUAUAGGGAAAUAUACUGUAGGAGUCUCAGUCUUCUGUGGCCGACUUGCUGCCUGUCUUGGAGCCAAAUGCAAAGAAGAUUAGCCUCUUGGUUUGAACUCUUUGGAUUCUCUAGGCUGUUAGACCAGUAGAGAUUUGUAGGGUGGGUGGUCCAGGUGCAGUUUCCUCUCUUCUUGUCUGUAGGGUUAUACUGUAGUAACCAUUGACUAGAGCGUAGAUGGUGUGAGGUGAUUGGCUGAGACUGCCUGGCUGGCCGCCAUGUUGAGGGACCCAUGAGACAUGCCAACCGCCCCAGAUAUGAGCAGUCGAUCUCAGAACAAUCAGGAAGCAGCGUUUGGUGAUGUCAUAGUGGGAGCGGUAUGGGUGCGUCUUAGUCUGAAUGGAAGACAGGCUGUUCUCCUAUUGGUGGAAUUAAACAUCGCACUCUUCACUUCUCUCGUCUCACACUAAUAGUGAAAAUGUAUUUUAGAGACAGUUUUUCUGUACAGUUUUGAUAAUUUGAAGUAUUUUAUUGUGUAGUAACUAUUGGGAUAUGGGCAGUAUUACAUAUAAAUCAGAGUUUCUGCGAAGAUAUUUCUUACUGUUUAUAAUAAUAAUACAUUUUUGAUUAAGAAUUUAGGAGAUAUCCCAAAUAAACCAACUCUUAACUGUUACAAAAAUAAACCUGAAUAUAUUUAUUAUCCCACAUUUGUAGAGAGAAUCUCCAUUGAGUUUGUAAAAACACGUAAUGCCAGAAUGUUGUAUGCUGUUUUAAAGUUUGUAUUUAUUUUUUUCAAUUGAAGGUUUAUUUUUUGGUAGUGUGGCCUUUCUUUUUGAUUUACAUUUAUAAAUAUCAACAGCCAGACAGACAGUGAUAUUGGUUAUAUCAUACAAGCAAUACCCCAAACGUAUCUAUCAUCACCAAUGUAUUCAUCUUUUGACAAUGUAAUUUAACACAAGUCACACAUAGUACUGUUUGAGUGGAUGGGCAGGAAGAGUUUAUUUGAAACAGAGCCAUUUUCUUUACCCAUCACCACACUCCUAUGAAUUCAACACAUACAAGACUGCUACAGCAAUAUCUGAGCUUCUCAGUCUGACACACACGGUGAUAAAAGGUUUUAUUUUCCACUCUCACACAACUUGGCUGUUAUCUGUUUCUUAUCUUACACACAUACACACACACACACACACACACACACACACACACACACACACACACACACACACACACACACACACACAGGGACUGUGCCGCAAUCUGAUUCUCAGUUCAGAUUGGACUAGAGAGCAGUGUAACCCCAUAUCAUUUUUAUCCAUCAUUCACUGUGAUAUGUAAAUAUGAACAUGUGUGUGUGUUUGUGUGUGUGAGCUGGCUUAUCCUUGACUACUAUUGGGGGACUUGAAUGGGUACUACUAUCCAUGGUGUUGCUUGUACAGUGAUAUUGCAUGUUUGUUAUCAGUGAAACUGGUUUUGAUUAAAAAAGCUA